UCCCCGCCGGACCGUCACAGUGUAACACCAGCGGAAGUAAACAAACCUCAGCAGCAGAGUGGUGGACUUCUUUCAAGAAAAGCUUUUUUGGCUCGUUUUUCUGGCGUGUUUCUGCGUUUAGGCAACAAUGUCUUCAGUUCAGUCUCUGAGAGAGUUUAUCAGUGAGCGACUGACUGCUGCUGCUGACGAAAUAUUCAGAGAGUUUGAAAAAACCAUCGUCCAGUAUGAGGAAGAGAUGGAGCGUCAGCGCAGACUGCUGGAUAGCAGCUGGAAAGCAGAAAGAAGCACAAUUACAGCAGAUAUCUCUGCAUUCCCCUGUAAGGAGGUCACUCCGAUGCCCCUUAACCAGCAAAGGGUCCCAGAGGAACCAGAGCUGAUUUGGGUCAAGGAGGAGCAGCCACAGCUAGGCUGCAGUCAGGAUUGGGGGCAGGUUGAAUCCAAACCUGAGGUGGAUCUUUCUGCCCAGAUGUUCCCUGGUCCUGAAGUCGAACCCAAACCUGCUCAGGUCCACUUCUUGGACUCUCCAUUGAUCGAGAGCCAGGGUCUGGACCUGGAAUCAGCCAAGAAUGUUGGAAUAAAAGAAGAAACGAGUACUUAUGAUGAAAGCUCUUCCUCUUCCAUUUUUUGCCUCAGCAACACGUCCUCCAGCAAAUCUGUAAACUGUGAGAUUUGUGGAAAAACUCUGAAAGACAAGUACAGCAUGAAGCAGCAUCUACGGAUCCACAGUGGUGUGAGGCCAUACGCUUGUAGAACCUGUGGGAAGAGCUUCACCCAGAAGGGAAACCUGCUGAGCCACGUUCGGAUCCACACGGGUGAGAAGUUGUUUUGCUGCGAGACCUGCGGGAAGAGCUUCACCUGCAGCAGCAACCUGAGCGUGCACAUGAGGACUCACACCGGAGAGAAGCUCUUCCCCUGCAGGACCUGCGGCAGACGCUUCUCACAAAAAUGCAACCUGCUGAGUCACAUGAGGACCCACACGGGUGAGAAACUGUUCACCUGCGACACCUGUGGGAGGAGCUUCAUGCACCGCAGCCACUUGAGCGUGCACAGGAAAAUCCACACUGGCGAGAAGUCCUUCUGCUGCAAGACCUGCGGCAAAGGCUUCACCCAGAAUGGGAACCUGUCAGCACAUAUGAGAACACACACAGACGAGAGGCCGUUCCGCUGCGGAGCCUGCGGACGCACAUUCAAGAGGAAAACACACCUGAGGGUUCACCUGAGGACUCACAGGGACCAGGUCUUCUUCUGUUCCUCCCCCACGUCCUGAUCCACUACAUUCUGUUUCUUUGUAUGCCGUUUCAAGCUUGAAUUGAGACAUCUUUUGUUACAUCAUCCUCUUAAGAGCUGAGCUAAUAUGUUAGCUAACCCUUAACAAAAGAAAGAAUUCCGCAUGAAUCAAAAUACAAAAAAAUAAAAAAGUCUAGAUUUUUUUUUAUACUGAUUUAUCAUUUUUUGGGGUAUACCUGUAAACAUCUGUCCAAACAUCUGCAGGGACUGAGCACAGAUUAAUAUGUGAACAAAGUUUUUUGUUACUUGAAAUAAUCUAGAUUAAACACUGUGUUAAAAGUU